CGUCAACAUCAACAUGCUUUCCUCAAGAAGUCUGCACUGUGUGAAGCUCUCCAUCAUGUACCUCGUUCUAGUCAUGGCGUUCAUAGCUGGAUCUAUUUUGAAGCGGUUUCUCUUCCUGCGCUCAUACAUCGUUGCUGCAUUUGAUGCUAUUGCUACAGAAAAGCUCCCCCCUGAAGUCUACUGGGAGUCUCUUUUUGGAUCCAAGAUGUUUGAUCACGUUUGGCGCAGCGUUGAAGUUGACGUAAAGAAACGAGCCCACCUAGGCAUUAAGGCGGUCAAUUGCCCACUUGUUUCACUAGAAGAUGGAAACUACUGUCGUCUCCUUGACUUUGCACAGGACAAACGUCCCCUAGUAGUGAACUUCGGAAGCUGCACUUGUCCCGUCUUUAUGAAGAGGCUAGAGAAGUACGCGCAGUUGAUUGCAGAUUUUAAAGAUGUUGCGAACUUUGUGACCGUAUAUAUUGAAGAAGCACACCCACAAGAUGGAUGGGCAUUUGAGGACAACAUGAUCAUUUCAAGCCACAGAACUCAAAGUGAACGCUGUGCGAUGGCGAGGUUACUAUCUACCCACAAUGCAUCUCGCUGUCCUGUUCUCGUCGACACAAUGUUGAACGCUGCAAACAUUGCAUACGGGGCUUUUCCAAUAAGACUCUACGUCAUUAAGGAUGAUCACGUGGUCUAUCAAGGUGGAGCAGGACCUACCGGAUACAAGAUUGAAGAGGUUUCUGAUUGGCUGAAACAGCACGUGACAAACAGUUAGGAAAUUGAUCAUCUUGAAAGACACAAACUUUACUCUCACAAACAUAAGUUUUACUCUCACAAUUUUACAACGAUCCUUUUAAAACCAAAGUCUUGUAGAGUAAGCUUUACUCUCAC